AUGUCGACAACCGACGUGACUGUAACAAGCGAAGAUUCACAGUAAGUUUAAACUCCAAAUCCCCGAAAAGCUCAAUUGUUUAUCUAGGAAAAAAACAGCAAAUCCAACUGAAAAUCGUCCGUUUGUUCUGAAAAAAUGGAAUGCUUUGGCUAUUUGGGCUUGGGAUGUUGAAUGUGAUACUUGUGCUAUUUGUCGAGUUCAUUUGAUGGGUUUGUUAUUUGAUGUUGAUUUAUAGAUAGAAAACGAACUAAUCUUGAUUUUCAGAAGAGUGCUUGAGAUGUCAAUCCGAGCCAAAUGCUGAUUGUUUUGUUGUUUGGGGCGAUUGUAAUCAUUCAUUCCAUCAUUGUUGUAUGAGUCAAUGGAUUCGGCAGAAUAAUCGAUGCCCCUUAUGUCAACAGGUAUUAUUUCUUGAUUUUCCAAUAUUUUUGAAAACAUUGAUUAAAUCAGAGAUAACUUCGUUAUCACCUAAAAUAUUAUUUUGCAGGAUUGGGUAGUUCAACGUACUGGUAAAUAA